AAAUCAGUAACCGAAUCAAUCGUCGUGUACGUUUUUCAACUUCUGUUCUGCCAAAACCAAACUGCAACCGGCUAUGCAAAACAAAACAAUCAUGGAAAACGGUAGCUCUUUUUCUGAUCAGAAAUCAGAUUCAUUGGAGGCUGGAAAUGGCAGUGGAUUUAAAGUUCAUGUGUUCUCAUCAUCAUCUGAGUUGCUUGAAAAGCUGCAUGAGAAUUGGAGUUCAGUGAAAAAGCAACCAUAUCCAGCAAUGUAUUCCAGCACAUUUGGAGGAAUUAUUCUUGAUCCAGCCAUGAUGGUAAUUCCAAUUGAUGAUCACAUGGUUCAUCGGGGGCAUGGUGUGUUUGACACAGCUAUUAUAUUAAAUGGAUACCUCUAUGAGCUGGAUGCUCACUUGGAUCGUUUCCUCAGAUCGGCUUCAAAUGCAAGGAUUUUGUCUCCCUUUCCUCGGUCAGCUCUUCGAAGCAUUCUUGUGCAGCUGAGUGCAGCAUCUCAGUGCAAGAAAGGAACUCUGAGGUACUGGUUAAGUGCUGGUCCUGGAGAUUUCUUGCUUUCACCUGCAGGAUGCCCAACAUCUGCAUUCUAUGCUGUAGUCAUAGAUGACAACUUUUCUCAGUGCAAAGAAGGGGUGAAAGUGGUGACAUCCACUGUCCCCAUGAAGGCACCUCAAUUUGCAACAAUGAAGAAUGUAAACUACCUCCCUAAUGUCCUUUCAAAGAUGGAAGCUGAGGAGAAGGGAGCAUUUGCUUCUAUUUGGGUUGAUGAGGAAGGUUAUAUUGCUGAAGGCCCAAAUGUAAAUGUUGCUUUUAUCAUUCAUGUAAGGAGCUUCUCUCCUGUGCAAGAUGAAGGAACUCUGAGUGGGUGCACUGCGAAGUGCUGGCUUCUCCUUGGAGAUUUCUUGGCUUUCACCUGGAAAGUGGGAGAAUUAACAAUGGCACUCUCGGAUCUGCUUUGGGAUGAUAUGGUAGCUGGACCUGAAGUACAGAGGAUACCUGUUCCCUACGUAGGGAAGAUGAUUGGUCAGAAUUUUACAUUAGUUCUUCACUACAAUGGAGUAUUGCACCACUCGGUUAAAAAGAGGAAGUAUACAGGUGGCAAGGUGAAAGUUUAUGAUAAUGUGGAUUCGGAUUGCUUUUCUGUACUAAAGGUUAAGAAUUAUUAUGCGGAGUUAGGGGUAUUGGAUUAUGUCCAAUUUUAUUAUCUUGUGCCUGGGUUGGAUCUUGACAAUGGCCUAAGACAUUUGUCUACUGAUGGUGAUACUCAUGAAUUAUUUAAGUGUCUUGACCCCAUUGAUCCUAAAAUAGACAUUUAUGUAGAACAUGCAACCCCUGUUCAGAAACAAUUGUUAGUCAAGGAUGUCAGCAUUGUUGAUGCUGCAAAUUUGGUUGGUUGUGGUGUUGGUGUGGAGGGUGUGGGUGUUGAUGGCAUUGAUGGUGAUUGUGAUGAUAAUGAAAUCGAUGUGGAGAAUGGGGAUGUUGAUGAAGUUGAUGUUAAGGAUGGGCAUAUGAGAAUGGCGUUGUGGGAGAUGUGGAUUAUGAGUGGUCUUGAUAAGGAGGCAAACUUUCAGAUUAGUGCGUUGUAUGGUACUCAUACAUGCAUUAGAUCUUUCCAUAGUAAGCAAGUUUCUGCACAUUGGGUGGUAGAAAAGUAUGUUGAUCAAUUUUGGACUAAUAUUGAAUUUAAAGCUAAAGAUUUGGUAGCUGCAGUGGGGUGGGAUGUUACUAUGUAG